GUAACACUGCGAGUUAGUUUAACGUUGACACAAGUGCUGGAUGGGGGACGGUGGGCAGCGUGGCAGUUACGGGAAGUGUUACAAUUGCGGGUUGCAAGGGCACUAUGCCCGGUGGUGCCCCUACCCGCCUAGAAAUAACGGGUAUGGACCAUACGGGAAUGCGAAUUUGACCCAGGAUAGUGGUUUCGUGCAGGGACGGCCGAUUUACAACCCCGCUCAUGCACCAUCUGCCCCUCCACUCUCAUCUGCCCCGUCGGCAACAUCACUCCCACUCCCUCCUCUCCCCCCUCCUAUUCCUCCACCUCUGCAGGCUCAAGCUGCUCAACCGCCACUACUUCAAGCUCCGGGCUCAUCAUCCUCGAAUACGGAGACAUCAGCUUCCUCGAUGGCGAUAGUUCCGUACGAGCAGCCACGUGCUCCGUACGGCGGGACGAAUGUGAGAGGAUGGAACAGAACGCGGGAUCCAGGGCCUGAUGGGGAAGCAAUGAUGAUCCUCAGGGAGAUUUGGAAUGACCGGCAAGAAGAAAGAGAACGUCGACGAGAGGAGGAAGAGCGACGAAAUCGGGAAGAGCAGGCGAGGCUUGCUCGGGAAGAAGAAGAAAGACGUGCCUUAGCCGAGGAGAAGAAGGAAGCUGAACGUGAAGCAAGGAUCGCACGAUUCGUUAGAGAGCAGAUGAAAGAAAUGGAGGCAAAGAAGAAGAACGCCUCUGAAGAACGUAGCAACAAGAUUUGGGAAAAAGUGGAGAAAUUGGGAAAGCCCCCCAGUGAAGCGGAGGGUAGUAAGAACGGCGAAGGAAAUGAUAACCGGGAAAGAGACCAAGUGGCUAUGGCCGACGGUAAAUUGGCACCUCCAGAGCUGGCAGUUGGUAGGCAGCGGGUUGAGAAUACAGUCACUCCUUUCGACUCUGGCCUGUUACGGAUGGAUCAGGACAACGUGCGGAAGGCUCAGGACGCUCACUCUCUUCUUUUCCAAGAAAUGUUGAAUUGUUUAAAGACAAUUAAAGAGCAAGGCGCUGAUCUUCUUACCUUGCCUCCUCCCGCACAAAAUCCUAAUCACCCUCAACCUCCACCCCCUCCCCCUCCUCCUCCUCCACCUGUCCCUGCUAACGCCGCUCCUCAACCCCCUGCCCCCACCCAGCCCACUGCCCCCGCUUACGAACCCCCCGCGCAUCCCGCCAUGGCCCAACAGGACCCCCCAGCCCACUCUUCCAUUCCCACUCCCUCCUCUCCUGCAACACUCUUCUCUUCCCCUCCUCCUCCCCCUCCCCCUCCUCCACCUCCUCCACCCCCUCCACCACAAUCCCAUAUCUCACGGAGAGCAGGUGCAGCGACUGGGCCCGGACCAUCAAGGACCAGGAACGAACCUCUGAGAACACCGACAGCGAAUGGCUUUUCAAUACGCUUGGCAGGCAUGUUUGCCUCGGUCGCGGGGAGCGGCCUGAGGAGGAGAUCGACCGGGGUUACGAUAAACGAAGGGGCGAAUGAUGAAGGUGCCCCACGAGACCUGGGUUUUGACAGGAUCGACCGUGGCAAGAAAGUCGCGGCCGCUGGUCCCGGAAAGGAGGGGAAGAAGAAAUAUAUCGAGGAUCUAACCGCAUAGCUGAUUAUCAAGAGCAAGCACGAACUUGAGGAGCUAUGCAAGAAGGACCGUAUCAGAUAUGUCAACAAAAAGAUCACCUCCGC